GUUCAUAGAUGUCGUUUAUACAAGGUUCAAAUGAAUGACCUUUUUCAUUGCUUUCUUUGGUUCUAUUUAUGCUGGAAAAUAAACAUAAAAACAGAGAUCUGUAGGGUGAUAUGCAAAGUAUCUCUUUGCCUGGAGUAUUGUCACAAAUAAACUGAUUCAAAAAUCCAGGUAGACGUUGUUGUAAGAAUGUCUGAUAGCAAUGUCUUUGUUUUGGACAAUGGUGCGUUUUUCGCUAAAGUUGGAAUGUCCGAAUGGAAUGCACCUAAAGUUGUUCCGAACUGUAUCACUAAAGCCAAAUCAGAACGAAGGCGUCCUUUUGUCGGCAGCCAAAUUGACGAAUGCCGGGAUGUUUCCGGGUUAUUUUACAUACUUUGUUUUCAGCGUGGCUAUCUGGUAAAUUGGGACAUACAAAAGACCGUAUGGGAUUAUAUUUUCAGUCAAGAAUGUUGCCCAGUAAAUUUUUCUGAAACCCCGUUGUUGAUUACGGAGCCACUAUUCAACUUUCAGUCUAUUCAAGAAGCGAUGUUGGAAAUUCUUUACGAGGAAUACGACUGUGAUGCGGUUUGUAAAACUAGUUCAGUUGAUUUAGCAGCAUUUCACUACACUCAUGGCGAGCAACGAAAGAAACCACUGUGCUGUGUGGUGGUCGACAUGGGCUACAGCUUCACACACGUCGUUCCAUUUAUAAAAGGAACCAAACUUAAGGAAGCAAUUCGACGAAUCGAUGUAGGUGGGAAGCUGCUAACAAAUCAUUUGAAGGAAAUUAUUUCAUAUCGACAACUGAACGUAAUGGAUGAAUCAUAUGUGAUAAAUCAGGUUAAGGAAGACAGCUGUUUCGUAUCGCAGAAUUUCAACGAGGACAUGCAAAUUGCUCGAAAGCGAUACCCAGACAAUACCAUUAUAAGGGAAUAUGUGUUACCAGAUUAUACUCAAAUUCGCAGAGGAUACAUGCGGACACUAGAUCCCACUAACAGUGAUAAUGAUGAAUUACAAACGCUACGGAUGAAUAACGAGCGCUUCGUUAUACCAGAAGUAUUACUUCAUCCUUCUGAUAUUGGAAUAUCACAGAUGGGAGUUGCAGAAGCUAUUGUGCACUCCAUUAAUGCUUGCCCGGAGGAAACAAGACCCCAUUUGUUCAGCAACAUUGUGGUAUGCGGUGGCAGUGCGUUAUUCAGUGGUAUGCAGAGUCGAAUACAGCAAGAAGUACGGGCUUUAGCUCCAGAUGAGUUUAUCGUAAACGUUACUAUACCAAAAGAUCCAAUAUCAUACGCCUGGUUUGGAGGUCAACAGUACUCGCAGUCGCUCAGUUUUAUCAAAUCUUGUAUAAGUCGUAAUCAAUAUGAGGAGAGUGGUAUCAAACACCUAGUAGAGAAGUGUGACCAAUAACUUCUUUUAAAUGUUGCUUUGUAAGUUGAGAGAUUCUUUCCAUUGUUCAUUGAUACUGCUAUUAACACGAUACAAGAUUUAUUGGGUAAACUUUGACACCGGUGCAGUGAAUUUAUUGAGUUUUGGGUAAAACAAAACUUAGUUUGCUGAUUAGUAAAAAUAAACAUCAAAGUAACAUUAAAUAAGAAAUAUUUAAAAACAAUAAAUCAUGAAAAUGCUUCAGACCUCA